AUGAAAGCAGAGUGUUGCCAUGGAGAGAGACCUGCGGAAGAGACUAAUGAACCAAAGAAAGUAUUUCAGCCCUUCCAGGAUAUUUGUACAUAUUUUUCGGAGGAAGAGUGGGCAAAGCUGACAAACUGGCAGAAAAGUGUCUACAUGUAUAUGAAGAGAAACUACAUCAGAAUGACUGGCUUAGGGGUCAAAGUCAACCAACCAGUUUUCAUGCGUUGCAAGGAACAGGUGGAAGCGAACGGUAAAGAGAAAGAUUCUGAAGAUGAUUUUUACACACAACAGAUAAAACGCAUAAAGCUGACAAGAGUGACAGUAGAUCUUUGUGAUAUACGUGGAAAACUUGGUGGCAGAGAUUCUAUUUCAGCUUCUUCCAUUAUGCCAGGAGUCAGUACCGUUCGGGUAAAUGCCUGGAGCCAUCGGUUGCGGGAAAGGAAGACUCGAGUGAUAUAUGAAGAGAUCAGUGACCCCGAAGAAGAUGAUGAUGGUGAUGAUGACGAUGACAACAAUGAUGAUGAUGAUUAUUAUUGA